AUGCUCGACAUUAUCAUUAAACCGGGUGAAGAAGACUUUACGGAGACCGUAUUUCUUCUCAUCGAUUAUGCGGUGGGAGUACCGCGGACCCAGCGCCAGCGCACUCGGGAACGCUUAGCGAGCCUUCUUGGAUGGUCGGUGGCUGGCGAAGAGUUGAAGACACUCAAGCUGUUCGAAAAUGUGUUACGCAAAUACUGUGUCGGUGAGCUCGAUGCUGGCCGGUUUCGUUCACACUUCACUAAUCUGUCCUCGGUGCAACAAGAUCGACUGGUGGAGAUCGUGAACCUACGGAAAGCGGAAAUAGCACAGCGACUGAUAGACGAGGUGAACCGACGAGAAGGUGGUGUGCCGUUGGUUGAAUGGUUCGAUUGGAAUGUUAGCUGGAUAAUGGGCAGCAGCAGUCUGGCAUCGAUUCGUCAGCAACUGUGUACGGUCACUUUCGCCUGUCGGGAUGUGGAUGCGAAGGGCACAACGAUUAGCUUCGAAAUGGACAGGCAACAGGUUGAUGAAGCAAUCCGGCAACUGGAGGCAGUCGCGUGACCUGUGACUUUGUUAUUUACGACCAUCGAAUCAACGUGCAAUUCAAAUAUACGAAUGUAUACUCCGUUGAAUUGACAACAUAAAUCAAGUUAUGUUACGCCCCUAAAACCAACGGAGAAAACCUUGCGCUGGUGGUGUAGCUCCCGAUUGUCGUGCAAACCAGUUCGAGUUCCGGCAGGGAUAGACACUGAAGUACACAAAGUAGUAAGUCCUGAGUUAAGAUAGGUAAUGUUACAUGCCCAAUCGAAUCGCACUCAAAUAAUGAUUUGUAAAAUUUGAGGCUUCUGGAGUGCCACGUAAAAAUCGGAAAAUGCAAUGCA